UACCAGUAAACCGGAACAGUAAAGUUUUUGCGAGAUCCUACUGUUUCAGCAUUUAGUGCAUGAUGUAUGUUUCGUGUCGUGCGGAAGAACUCACAUUUUGGGCGAAGAUUGGAAGGUGAGCGUCUUAUCUGCGUGUUUCAGUGGUAAGAGCUUGACUAACUUACCUGAUCUGGAUUUGUAGAACAUUUGUCUUUUAUCCUGUGAACUCUAUGUACAUCAGUGCAAGUGUGAAACUCUACUAGCUAGUGCACUGAAAAGGGGAAAAAAAACAGCUGGAAGUCAGUAACUGCACGUGUUUUGUAUGGUUUGGGACUGAGGAAAGAACAUCAUCCCCUCAAGAUGUCUACCAGCAGGAAAAUCAAGAACGUGAUCAAAAACUACAAUGAUUCCCAAAGGAAGGUGCGGGAUGCAACGUCCAAUGAUCCCUGGGGCCCAGCCAGCUCCACCAUGUCAGAAAUCGCGGACCUGACCUACAAUGUGGUGGCCUUCACCGACAUCAUGGACAUGAUCUGGAAGCGCAUCAACGACAAGGGCAAGAAUUGGCGGCACGUCUACAAGGCGCUGGUGCUGCUGGACUACAUCAUCAAGACCGGCUCGGAGCGGGUAGCGCAGCAGUGCAAGGAAAAGAUCGUGGACAUCAACACGCUCAAGGACUUCCGGUUCUAUGACUCCAACAACCAGGACGUGGGCCGCAAUGUGCGGGAGAAGUCCAAGCAGAUCGUGGAGCUACUGAAGAACGAGGAGCGGCUGAAGUCAGAGCGGGUGGCGGCUCUGAAGGCCAAGGAGCGCUUUGCUCAGGCAAACCAGGGUAUCGGGAGCAAUUCUAGGACAGACACAUUUUCUUCGUCAGCAGGAACAACUCCAGCGGCUCCAAGCUCCACCCCACCCCCUACCAGGAACCUGACGUCAGAGAUUGAGCAGGCCCGGCCCCAGACCACCAACGAGGAGGAGCUGCAGCUACAGCUGGCCUUAGCCAUGAGCAAGGAGGAGGCGGAGCAAGAGAGGCAGCAGCAGAAGAACGAGAGAAUACGACUGGAGAUGGCCAUCAACGAGAGCCUGGAGGAGAACUCAGGCAAGCUGGAUCUCAGCCAGUCACCACCGACCAACGACCCCUGGGCAGCCGCUCCAGCUGCAGCAGCGCCAGUACCACAGCAAGCUGCUCAGGGCGACCUCUGGACAGCCCUGGCUGCACCACCUCCACUCCAAGCACCUGCCCCAGCAGCCGAUCCGUGGGCCCCCGCUCCGCCUACUGUCCAACCCGCUGCCGAUCCAUGGGGGAGCCCUGCCACUUCGGUACCAACACCUGCACCAGUACCUGCACCGGUGGCUGCUCCUGUUGCUGUCAACCCCCAGAAUGAUCCCUGGGCUGUCCAGCCUUCAAAUCAGCCCAAAGAUCCGGAUGCCGAAUUUGACCUCCUCCGCUCCAACACGGCUGCUGCCCCAGCCCCACCGAGCAGCAACGGCAAUCUCUUUGGCAGCCUGCCCGUUGCGACCUCACAAGGAAUGACCAGCGCAGGGGCAUUCGACCUGACAGGCAUGGAAGACUCUUUACCCUCCAAGUUAUCGGCCGCCAAGAAACCAGAGGAUUUCCUGGGCGAGAACUCAAGUCUAGUCAACCUGGAUGCAUUGGUGGGCCCCCCGAAGCCCGCCCAGCUCAUGCCCCAGGCACCCAAUCCGUUCUUGGGUGGGGGGGUGUCAGGGGGCAUGGCGGCACCACAGAGCAACCCAUUCCAACAGCAGCGACAGCCAGCCCCGACCAUCAACCAGAUGAGGGCAGAGCCCAUGAUGAGCAUGUCUCAGCCGGGUGGCAUGUAUGCUGCAGGUGGCGGGGCUUUCAGUGGGGGUGCAGCGAUGGGUGGAAGCUCACUUCCCCCCCCAUUAAUCCCAAUGAGUUCUGGGCCGUCACAGAAUCAAAUGCAGCCUCAGCAAGCGAACAACCCUUUCCUCCUUUAAGGUCCACUCGCCUCUAUCAACAGAUUCUAUCUACUCAUGCACACAAUCUUCUUCUGAUAUGGCCAGUGUCUCUGGCUACCAGCUGCGGGAUAACUGCAUAUAUACCGGUACUCGCACAGGGCAGUGCUUCAGUUGUGCCAAGCAAAAAAAAACCCUGACUUAGAGUGGUAUGUUAUUUAUUAAGGGUGGGACAUUUAAACGAAAAAAGUUCCAAAUCCGUUUACAGAUUUUCCCAAAUGUUUCAAUGGAAUCGUCCCAUUUAGAGGUUGGAUGUUUUGAUUGACUCAAUCUGGCAUUCAUGUUUAUUGUAAUCGAUGCCUGUUAGGUACUGUUUUUUUCCCUUUCAGCAUCCAUGUUUGCUUUUAAAUGGCCCAACAUCAGUCUACAUUUUUACAUUGGUUGGACCAUGUGCAUUCUUGAACUAUGUAAUUAUGCAUAUAUGAAAACACCGAGGCAGGUGGUGGCGGCGACCUCUGCAAACGGUAUGGGAAAGUUUCUGUAAACGUUUCUCAAACCAAACGUAAAUUCCCACCCUUAUUUCUGAUGUAUGCAAUUUGUUUUUCUUUUGACUGCUGGCCAUGGCAUGACCUCUGGUUCAACGUCAUAGCCAGCCAACAUCAAGAUCCACAUCAGCAGUUGACUAGUCAGCAGGUUGAUUGUGCAUGUUAAGCAAAAUCCCCUCAAACGAGGGCUCGGAUGCACACUCACAGCCAACAUGGUUCAAUUGUACACUGCAAGGGUCCCCCAAGUUUAAUCAUUGUUUGCGACUUCAAAGUGUCAAGUGGGAAUCAAUACCACGAGAGCUGAGUUGGGCUGCCAACAGUCCAAAUUCUAAGCGCACUUGAUGUUAUUACUACUAUAGUUUCAAGUUGUACUUGUAUGUUUGCAUAGGGAACACUAACCAUCAGCACUUUGAGUUAGCCACCAAAAUGGCCUAAGGCCUGUCUUAACAAUAUAUGUGUAUCUUUUGUUUCGUACAAAUUGACCAUUUUGGUUCUUCAGUACAAUUCUUUUUUCCAAAUAAACGAAUUAACACUUUGUGUAAAUAGUUCUGUAUCAAAAGCAUGAUAAUGCUAGUUGUGGAUUCUGUAAAACGCUUUUAUGAGAAAGCACGCGUUCAUGUUCAGCAAAGAAAGUGGUCUUAUGGUUUGGUCCCUGCUGAGAGUUUAAAUUUAAUUGACUUGUCUUAAUUUGAUUGUUUCUUAAUAUUAUUGUCUUGGAAGAACUGAGUGAUUGGAACCAUUUAUUUGAGAUCAUUGGCAAUAUCUAUUUAAAAAUUCGAAAUGCCUGAGUUUAUCAUUUAUUGUGGGCGCUUACACCUUUACAUGUUUUAUGUGCUUUGGUGAGCAGAGAACAAGCUGACAAGUCACUCCCGCAUGUAAAAGUUGAAAGAUAAGAUUUAAAACGUCUUCCGCAGCAAACGGUGCUGCAAACAAUGUCACUGCAGUAUUAAAUGUUUAGAAGUGUAGUGGUUGGAGUGGUUUCAUGAAGUGACAGGUGGAAUGAAGCAUUUUAUUUGUCACCAAAUGAAGUUAUUCUUUUCGCUGCAUGAAUGCCAAGCAUUAAUUAUUUGUUUUAAACAAUGCCUGAAGAAAUCCCUUGCAUCACCUUUGAGUUGGAAUGUAUCUUGUGAUUGUAGAAUAGAACAUCUAUUGCUGUGAUGCGGCCGUGCCAUGCCUUUGUACCAACUAUUCAGUGACAUGCGAAUAACAACCCAUCUGUCAGAUUCGGAGGGUGUAUUCAACUAUUGUAUAAAUGCAAGAUUAAAAACUAAUACCCAUUGGAUGGGAUCCUGCCAUAGAGCUUAGGGUAUUAAAUAACAUUUUGAAAUCCAACCGAAGUGGGUUUUAAUCCAACUUUUGGACAUGUUUGAGUAGCAGCGUUUUCACAAUUUAUAAGCACAGACGUGUGCUUUUCUUUUACAUGUUGUCACGCACAUAUUCUUUGCUUUGCUCUAUGGUUUCCUUGUGUAUAUAUUCAGAUGUACUUUUUUAUGUGAAGGGAGACACUUGAUUCUGUAGACAGGGCACUGCCGAUUCAUUUUGCAAACCACAACUUUCCUUUUCUACAUGAAUAAAAAUGUUCACGCUGGGCAUGAAUUGAACCAGAGAGAGAAAUCGAAAGUUUGAAAAAUAAUAGAUUUUUAUGGCACUGUUGCUGCUGCCAACCAGGUUUUGAACCCUCCAUGUGUAAUAUAUUGUGCAUGGUACUAAGUUGGCUGUCGUUUUUGGUGUUACAAAAUCAGUGAUGUUGCUUGACGUUACAACUACCAUGAGGUCAUUUCAUGUUGCAGCAGCCAUAAUGUUGCAUGUCCUGAGCCGCCCACUUGACCCUCUCCACACUGUCAUUCCCCUUUCCCUCUCCCCCUCCCCCCCUUUUGCCCCAGCCUCACAGACCAAUCCAUCAAGCAGGGACCCAUCAUUGAUGAGACCAACCUCAGCAGACAUAGCCCCUCCCCCCCAAAGGCUUGCACUUAUAAGGCAUGCAGCAUGGCACUGGAGAAUUGCGCCUUCUGUCAACCAUGUGUGCAGUGGGAAGAGCUUGAUGGAUUAGUUCAUUAGGGUUCUUGUAUUUUGUUGAAGUGUAGUUGAAGCUUGCGGAUGUUGAGUAGCAACCAGAACAAUGCAUGAAUCGUUCAAAAACCAUUGUAGUACAUUUUUAUAUUUAUGAGCAAAGUCUCUGUAUCCUACACAUUUUAACUAAGAAAGCAUGGCCACACCAUCAGUGUUACAGCAAGUGAAUCGUACAUGUAUGUGUACACAGUAUCAUAAUUUCUAAGAGACAUCAAAACAAUGAUAAAGUAGCUCAUUGAAUGUUGUAGUGGGUCUAACAAUUCCUUUCUGUUUUGAAAAGCAUUGAAUUCUGGUUAUUCAUUGGCAUUUGUGACUAUUGUGGAUACACACAUACACCUAGGACUCAAUUCUAGUGAAUAUUUACAGCACAAAUGUGAGCAUUAAGAUCUUUUGAUGUGCAUGUACUCUUGUUGAAGUUAUACAUAUAGAUUCAAUCUUUUUAAAAACCAACCAAUAGAGGAAAGCCCCCCCCUUGACAUUUUUUGUUUUGAAGGAAAUAUUUUUUUUAGUUAAGAACUGCCAGUUGAAAGUUUGUCGGCACAUUUAAGUGCUAGUAGUUGCACUAAUAGGCUGCAUCCGAAUCUUUUGUCAAGAGGUAGGUCUAGGUCUUCUCUCCAUUGGAAAUGUGUGGAGACGCGUAGAC